GCGGCGCUGUCAGUGCGAGGCGGCGAGCGGAAUGCAGCGGCCCGAGGCCUGGCCACGUCCGCACCCGGGGGAGGGGGCCGCGGCGGCCCAGGCCGGGGGCCCGGCGCCGCCCGCCCGAGCCGGGGAGCCCUCGGGGCUGCGGUUGCAGGAACCUUCCCUCUACACCAUCAAGGCUGUUUUCAUCCUAGAUAAUGAUGGGCACCGGCUGCUGGCCAAGUAUUAUGAUGACACAUUCCCCUCCAUGAAGGAGCAGAUGGUCUUCGAGAAAAAUGUCUUCAAUAAGACCAGCCGGACAGAGAGUGAGAUUGCAUUUUUGGGGGGCAUGACCAUUGUCUACAAGAGCAGCAUUGACCUCUUCCUGUAUGUGGUGGGCUCAUCCUACGAGAAUGAGCUGAUGCUCAUGUCUGUUCUCACCUGCCUGUUUGAGUCUCUGAACCACAUAUUAAGGAAGAACGUGGAGAAGCGCUGGUUGCUGGAGAACAUGGACGGAGCCUUCUUGGUGCUGGAUGAGAUUGUGGAUGGCGGCAUAAUUCUGGAGAGUGACCCCCAGCAAGUGAUCCAGAAAGUGAACUUUAGGGCAGAUGACAGCGGCUUCACUGAACAGAGUGUGGCCCAGGUUCUUCAGUCUGCCAAGGAACAAAUUAAAUGGUCAUUACUGAAAUGAAGGCUGUGGAUCAAGGCUACCUGCCCCCCGAUCAUUCCCUCAAUAGUGGCAAAAACCUAAAUGUUCCAGGGGAAAGAGAGACCCUUCCGCAUUCCCAGGCCCCUCCCAGAACUGACUUCUGAGGUCUCCUGCCAGGGAUUCUGAGAUGCAAAGGUUUGGUCCCAGCACUGAGUCACCCCUUCUCACCAUCCUGGCCUGGCCCUUGGGACAUGGGAACCGGCUGAGCUGCCUUAACUCAGAUCUUAGGCCUACCUGGCCCGAGGGCCCUAAUAAACUUGCUUUGGUCUCCUGCCAA